AUGGAGAAGAAAAUGUUGUUUGGAAAAUACGAAACCGGAAAGCUACUAGGGAAGGGCACGUUCGCAAAAGUCUACUGCGCAACCAACACGGCCACCGGCGAGAGGGUGGCGGUUAAGGUGAUAAAGAAAGAGGAGGUGAAGACGGAGGCGAUGAUGGAGCAAAUCGAGCGGGAAAUCUCCGUCAUGCGCCUCGUCCGCCACCCCAACAUUGUGGAGAUCAGAGAGGUGUUGGCAACGAGGACAAAGAUCUUCAUUGUCAUGGAGUACGUCAAUGGCGGUGAGCUCUUCGCCAAGGUGGCCAAAGGGCGGCUCAAGGAAGACGCCGCCAGGAAGUACUUCCAACAGCUGAUCAGCGCCGUCGAGUUUUGCCACAGCUGCGGUGUCUGCCACCGUGACCUCAAGCCGGAAAACCUCCUCCUAGAUGACAACGGAAACUUGAAGGUGACGGAUUUUGGCUUAUCAGCAUUGUUGGAGCGGCUAAUCGGCGACGGUCUUCUCUACACGCAAUGCGGGACGCCGGCGUAUAUUGCACCGGAGAUAUUGAGGAACAAAGGAUACGAUGGUACAAAAUCAGACAUUUGGUCAUGUGGAGUGAUAUUGUAUGUUCUUCUCGGAGGUUUUCUUCCAUUUCGAGAUGAAAAUCUUUUCAGACUGUACAAAAAGAUUUUCAAAGCCGAUUAUAAGUUUCCGCCAUGGUUUUCGCCGGAGUCAAGGCGUUUAGUAUCCAAAAUAUUGGUUUCUAAUCCGAAAAAAAGGAUUAGCAUUAGGGGAAUAAUGCAAGAUCCGUGGUUUAGCAAAGGGUUCCAAAUACCCAUUGGAAUAUCAGUUGAUGAUGAAGAAGAAAUCAAGCAUGGCGGCGGGCUAAUGAAGUCAUCGCCAUCUUCUCCGGCGAUUUUGAAUGCUUUCGAGUUCAUAUCGUCGAUGUCGGCCGUCGAUCUAUCCAGCUUGUUCGAAAAUAAGAAGAAGGCGGAGUCCAUAUUCACUUCUAAGUGCUCCGCCACGGUGAUCAUGGCGAAGAUUCAAGUGAUGGGCAAAAAGUUGGGGUUUAAGGUUGGGAGGGUGAGCGGAUCCGCGCUGAGGUUACAAGGGCCGCCGUCGGUGGAGGGCAGCCGGAAAGGGCGGUUGGUGGUGACGGCCGAGGUGUUCAAGGUGGCGCCGGAAGUUGCUGUCGUCAAGUUCUCCAAGAACUCCGGUGACGUAGUAGAGUAUGCCAAGUUUUGUGAGGAGAAACUUAGGCAUAAUCUAAAAGACAUUAUCAGUACGUGGCAUGCCGAUGAUAUUUUGGGUGAUCACAUCUCAAUGGUGCAUGGAAGUUCACAGGUUCAGACCUGA